AAAACAGAUGAAAUAACUAUAAAAUUGAGUCCCCUAAGGCUUUUUAUAUGCGAUGAAGUACAACAGAUUUCCCAACUGUUGUAUUUUCUGUUGUUGUAGACCUAGACCUAUAUCUAUAUUAUCGGCUUCUCCAUCGUUUUAAAUAUAAUCUAGAUAUAGUCUAAUUGUCAAUGGGGACCAAUAAAGAAUCAAUAAUAGCCAACAUUUUGUUGAUUGGCUUAGCAGUUGUAGCUAGCUCUGCCCCCUGCAGAGCCCAACCAGUGGAUAUACUUAUGAAGGGAUACCAGCCAACUAAGCCCAAUGCUUAUCAGUGUACAGCUUACAAAGUACCUGAAGACAUUGAAUAUAUAAAUAAGUUUGAAGCCAUAGGCAAUCUAACAAGAAUACAUCACAUAAUUGUAUAUGGUUGUGAUGGUUCAGCAGCUUCAACACUACCAAGUUGGUCAUGCCCAGCCAUGUGUAGAAAUGCAAUUGAUGAGUCCAUUCUAUUUGCUUGGGCUAGAAAUGGGACACCAACUGUUCUACCAGCAGAUGUUGGGUUCAGAAUCGGAAGUAAUACUACUGUCAAAACUUUGGUUCUACAAGUCCACUAUGCCAAGCCUCUGACAGAGAAGGAUUAUUCAGGCGUAAGAAUUUAUACAACACAAGAAAGCCCCAAGUUUGUAGCUGGCAUUUUCUUCAUGGUUGCAAAUACUUUUCAAUUACCUAGAGGCUUUUCGGCAUACGCAGUGGAUAUCAGUUGUAAUUACAAUUUUAAAGAAACUCUGUCAAUAUUUGCAGUCCGAGCUCACACUCAUGGCCUUGGUGUAGUUGUUUCUGGUUAUCAAAGGAAUUCUACUGGGAACCAUUUGAUACAAAAAGUUAAUCCACAGUGGCCACAGACGUUUUAUCCUGUUAAUGGGAGUAUUCAAGUCAAACCAGGUGAUGCUGUGUUUGCUCGUUGCAUUUAUGAUACCACUAAAGCCAAAAGCAUUGUUGGUGUUGGCCCGGCGGGUGAAAUGUGCAACUACUACAUUAUGUACUAUACUGACAGCUCAGUCCAGAACACCUAUUACAGAUGUAUAAACAGUUCCAGGAAAGACCUUACUGGCAACAAUUUCCCUCCUGAGGGUAACAUUCCAUUACCCCCAAAUGUUUAUCUAGAGGAGAUAGCCCAAGGAAUAGAGCAUAACUCUAGCAUGAGCGUCAGGUCCGUUAGGUCUGCCCAAGUAGAGCCUAAAGAAAAUGUGAUCCAUGACUCAACAAAAGAUAUUUUGAUGCCAGGAGCAAAACCUUCAAAACCUGAUGCCUACUUAUGUACAGCUUAUCCUGUUGAAGAUGAGGAAUAUUAUAUUUAUAAGUUUGAAGCUCUGGCCAAUGCAGCCACUGCCCACCACAUGUUGUUAUAUGGAUGUGAUGGUGAACCUUUAUCUACAGAGAGCAUCUGGGACUGUCCACGCAUGUGCAAAAAUGGUCGGUCUACUAUUUUGUUUGCUUGGGCCAAAAAUGCUCCUCCAACUGUCUUGCCAAAAGGUGUAGCUUUGAGGGUCGGCAAGAACACUUCCAUUAAAACUAUUGUACUCCAGGUGCACUAUGCAAAGAUUUUCAAAGAUUCUGAGCCUCCUGAUCAUUCAGGUCUUAAGAUAUACACCACAUUUCAGAAGCCUCAGUUUGUGGCUGGAAUAUUUCUUUUGGCUAGUUACUGGUUUGAAAUUCCACCCCAAGUGUCAUCAUAUCCUGUAGAUAUCAGCUGUACUUUCCAAAAAGAGAAGAGUAUAUUCCCCUUUGCAUAUAGAACACAUGCUCAUGGACUAGGCAAAGUUAUCACAGGCUAUCAAUACAAUGGGACUUAUCAUGAAAUAGGCAAAGGGAACCCCCAAUGGCCACAAGCUUUUUACCCAGUGAAGGAAAUUAUUGAAGUGAAACCUGGCGAUGCCUUGGCUGCACGAUGUACUUAUGACUCUACUUCUAUGGAUCAUUCUGUCGGUGUUGGGUCAACAGGAAAUGAUGAGAUGUGCAAUUAUUACAUCAUGUUCUACACAGACAGUUCUGUGGCUGACCCAUCAGGAGAUUGUAAAUUCAAUGAACUUACAUCACUGACAGGAGAUAACUUUCCCAAAGAUGUUAGUGUUCCACUUCCACCCAAUCCAGCUCUUGAAGAAGCAGCCAUAGGAUCUCACAACCAUCCAGGAGUAAAUCCCCCAGAACAAAACAAUGAAAACUUAUUCAGUGAUUCAAAAACACAAGAAAUAUUGAUGCCUGGGGCUAAACCAAAAACACCUGAUGCUUACCUAUGUACAGCCUAUCGGGUUCUGGAAGAGGAAUUUUAUAUUUAUAAGUUUGAAGCUCUGGCCAAUGCUGCCACUGCCCACCAUAUGUUGUUGUAUGGAUGUGAUGGUGAGCCUUUCUCUACAGACAGCAUCUGGAACUGUCCACUGAUGUGUAAAAAUGGUCGGUCCUCAAUAAUGUUUGCCUGGGCUAAGAAUGCUCCUCCAACUGUUAUGCCCAAAGGUGUAGGUCUGAGAGUUGGCAGUAAAACUUCCAUUCAAACUAUUGUUUUACAAGUACAUUAUGCUAAAGUUUUUCAAGAUUCAGAGCCUGAAGAUCACUCUGGACUAAAAUUUUACACAACACAUCAGAAGCCCCAGUAUGUUGCUGGUAUAUUUUUGUUGGCUGCUGGCUUCACCAUCCCACCACAUGUAAAUUUGUACCCUGUAGAUAUAAGCUGUACAUUCAGAAUGGACAAGAGUAUCUUUCCCUUUGCCUACAGAACACAUGCUCAUGGAUUAGGUCGAGUCAUCACUGGUUACCAACACAAUGGUUCUUAUCAUGAGAUUGGCAAAGGAAAUCCACAAUGGCCACAAGCUUUUUACCCAGUGAAAGAUGUUAUUGAAGUCAAACCCGGAGAUGCUUUGGCUGCUAGAUGUACUUAUAACUCAAGUUCAAUGGAUCAUGCUGUUGGUGUUGGGUCUACAGGAAAUGAUGAGAUGUGCAAUUUUUAUAUUAUGUUCUACACGGACAGCUCUGUGGCUAAUCCUUCAGGGCAAUGUGGCGCUAAUGAACUUCCACAACUGACAGGAGAUAACUUUCCCAAAGAUGUCAGCAUUCCACUUCCACCAAAUCCAGCACUUGAAGAAGCAGCCAUAGGAUCUCACCACCAUUCUGGCAUGAAUCAUCCAGAUGAAGCCAAUGAGAACUUGUACCAAGACACAAUAACUCAAGACAUAUUGAUGCCUGGUGCUAAGCCUAAGACACCUGACGCCUAUCUAUGUACAGCCUAUCCAGUUCUAGAAGAGGAGCUUUAUAUUUAUAAGUUUGAAGCUCUGGCCAAUGCUGCCACUGCCCACCACAUGUUGCUGUAUGGAUGUGAGGGUGAGCCUUUCUCCACAGACAGCAUCUGGAACUGUCCACCAAUGUGUAAAAAUGGUCAGCCUACAAUAAUGUUUGCCUGGGCUAAGAAUGCUCCUCCAACAGUUAUGCCUAAAGGUGUAGGUCUCAGGGUUGGCAGGAAAACAUCAAUUAAAACUAUUGUACUCCAGGUACACUACGCAAAGGUUUUUGAAGACUCAGAACCUGCAGAUCACUCUGGACUUAAACUUUACACAACCCACCAAAAGCCUCAGUAUGUUGCUGGUAUAUUUUUGUUAGACUCUGUGGACUUCACCAUUCCUCCACAUACUAAUUUGUAUCCAGUAGAUAUCAGCUGUACAUUCAUGAUGGACAAGAGUAUCUUCCCCUUUGCUUACAGAACACAUGCACAUGGUCUAGGUACAGUCAUAACUGGUUAUCAAUACAAUGGAACAUAUCAUGAAAUCGGUAAAGGAAAUCCUCAAUGGCCACAAGCCUUCUAUCCAGUGAAGGAAGUAAUUGAAGUCAAACCAGGAGAUGCUUUAGCUGCUAGAUGCACUUAUAACUCAAUCUUGAUGGAUCAUCCUGUUGGUGUUGGGUCAACAGGCAAUGAUGAGAUGUGCAAUUAUUACAUCAUGUUCUACACAGACAGUUCUGUGGCUGACCCAUCAGGAGGAUGUGCUUUCAAUGAGCUCACACAACUGACUGGAAAAAACUUUCCCAUAGAUGUCAGCGUUCCUCUUCCACCCAAUCCAGCCCUUGAAGAAGCAGCUAUAGGAUCUCAUCACCAUGCUGGCCUGAAUCAUCCAGGUGAAGCCAAUGUUGACUUUGAAGACACACAGAUAUUGAAGAUAUUGAUGCGGGGAGCAAGGCCUAGAAAGCCGGAUUCUUAUUUAUGCACAGCUUACCCUGCACAGGAUUCGGAAUCAUAUAUUUACAAAUUUGAAGCUGUAGCUGACGCCAACACAGCUCAUCACAUGCUGUUGUAUGGAUGUGAUGGUGAAGCCUAUUCUCAGGAACCAAUUUGGAACUGUCCUGCUAUGUGCAAGAAUAGUCAUCCUGUGAUUUUAUUUGCUUGGGCUAAAAAUGCUCCUCCAACUGUCUUGCCUAAAGAUGUUGGUUUGAGAUUUGGCAACAGAACAUUUAUUAAAACAUUAGUACUGCAAGUUCACUAUGCUAGGAUAUUUACUGAUGCUGAAGAUGAAGACCACUCAGGUUUGAAGAUUUAUGUCACACACAAAAAGCAGCCAUAUGUUGCAGGAGUUUUUUUCUUGGCAUCUGCAUCAUUUACGAUACCUCAAGGACAUUCCUCCUUCCCUGUGGAUGUCAGCUGUAGAUUUUCAAAAGAAAAAAGUAUUUUCCCAUUUGCCUACAGGCCACAUGCCCAUGGUUUAGGCCGAGUCAUCACAGGCUACCAAUAUAAUGGAUCCUACCAUGAGAUUGGCAAAGGAAACCCUCAGUGGCCACAGACUUUCUAUCCAGUAACAAAUAAAAUUGAGGUCAAAAAUGGUGACUAUUUGCUUGGAAGAUGUACUUAUGAUUCAACAUCCAUGGAUCAUCCUGUGAAUGUGGGGUCGACUGGCAAUGAUGAGAUGUGCAAUUUCUACAUCAUGUUUUACACAGACAGCUCUGUGCAGGAGCCUUACGGAGAAUGUUUAGGUAAUUCAGAACCAGAUUUAACUGGCAACAACUUCCCAGCUGAUGUGAGUGUUCCAUUACCGCCAAACCCUGCCCUUGAAGAAGAAGCCAAGGGUGUUCACAACCAUCAUGGUGGCAUGGCAGGCGGAAACAAUGGCAGAGCUAAAAAGAAAUCUAAAAAUAUCAGAUUGCUUAUUAGAACAAUAGCAGCCAAAAAAAAGACAAUUUUAAAGAAACAGCCCAAGCCAUUACAUUUAGUUAGUGAGAUUCAACUUGCUAGAAGUCUAAAGCAUCAUCACUCAUCUAAAGAGGAAAGAAUGCAACUAGACUAUGAUGUUGUUGAUCCUGUUAGACACAGGCGGCAGGCUCAGGAAUAUUAUGAUGAAUAUGCUGCCAAUGAUCUGAGAGAGAAAGGAAUGUAUGGAACAGCCACCUCUAGCGAGGAAGGACUCAGUCGGAACAGGAACAAGGGGUUUGAAGCCAUCAGUCAACAGCUAGAGCAUUUCCCUCGCAAGAACGCAGCUGGUCGGAUCAAUCAAUCCCAGCGUUUGGAUCAGAAUCAAGAGAAACGGCCUCUAUCAGAGAACACAAAUCAUGCCUCAAUCAACAGACAAAACAGUGAGCACAGAAAGCCCCCUAACUCAGUUGGAGCUAUAGAAGUUGGUCAGUCAGAAGCAGUCCAUAAACCACAUAGUUAUGUUCAUUUGGAGAAACCUAUAUUCAAUUCAUCAUGGCCAGAAGAGUCUAUUACAUUUGGUCAGAUUGGAGGUGUGGCUAUUGACUCAAGUGGCAAUGUUUAUGUUUUUCACAGAGGCUCAAGAAAAUGGACUGCACAAUCAUUCAACUUUGACAAUGACUUCCGGGAUCAAAGUUCUCCAAUUACUGAAGAUGUCAUUACUAUAUUGACUAGUUCGGGUCACCUAAUUAAAACAUUUGGAGCUGGCAAGUAUUUUAUGCCUCAUGGUAUUACAGUGGACCAUCAAGGAAAUAUUUGGUUAACAGAUGUAGCAAUGCAUCAGGUUUUUAAAAUACCACCAGGUCAGACUGAACCAAAAAUGACACUAGGACAGAAGUUCCAACAUGGUGAAGAUACAAAUCUUUUUUGUAAACCUACUGAUGUAGCCGUUCUUAUGUCUGGAGAGUUUUUUGUAUCUGAUGGGUACUGUAAUAGCAGAGUUCUGAAAUUUUCCAAAGAUGGAACUUUUUUGAUGUCCUUUGGGAAAAGAAACGUACAGUUUGGUGCAGCUCCUCCUGUUGUGACAUUUGACAUCCCUCAUAGCAUCACUGUGUCAGAGGAGCAUCAUUUGGUUUGUGUGGCUGACAGAGAGAAUGGUCGCAUUCAAUGUUUUGAUCUGGAUGGAAAUUUCAAGCAAGUCAUCAAACGCCCAGAGUUUGGUCCACGACUGUUUGCUUUAGAAUAUUGUCCUGCACAUGGAGGUUUACUGUAUGCUGUAAAUGGUCCUGCUUUUGAUGGCCCCAUUGAUACAACUGUCCAGGGUUUCACAUUAGACAUAAAUACUGGAGAUUUGUUGGAAAUGUGGAAUGUACCAGAUAACAUGCGAAACCCACAUGACAUAGCAGCAGAUCCAGUAACACAUAGCAUCUAUGUAGGUGAACUGGACCCUGAAAGAGUUUGGAAGUUUAGCAGACCUAUUACAGUACUGUCAUCAAGUUCACAGCAUAACAAAGUUGAGGAAAGUACUCAGAGCCAGUUACCAGUUACUGUCAACAAUCCAUUGGACCAGAGUGAAACCAAUACCACAGGGUUGUCUGAGGCUAUCAGAGAUAGCAGUGAUGUCUCCCCCUCUGUCAUCAUUGGCAUCUUACUUGUGGUACCAGUCAUCUUGUUGCUCAUUAUUGUACUUCUAGUCAGGGCACAUCAGUCUGGAAAAUUAAAAUGUUAUGGACAUGGAAAGAAGGGAAAGGUUUUUAACCUUAAAGGUUUUAAUUGGAAUUCUCAUAAAGGCUUUGAUAGACUUAGUACUGAGGAAAGUGAUCAUGAGGUUGACCCAGAUGAUUUAGAUGAUAAAGACUAUUUGACACCUCCCAAGAAGAAUAAAGCAUAGCCUCAAGUUGAAGGCUGACUAAAUUGUGUAAAUUAAUCCUUUUUUUUUCUUUGUUAUUAGUUGGUCAUAUCAUAAUAUUCUGCCAUGACAGUCAGGGUUUAACUUGUUUACAUGUUGAAUCUUGAUACCAACUAAAUCUCAUACACACAUAAUUAAUCAUAGACCCACCUCUUACAUGUUAUUAGUUGUGUAGAAAUUGAUUGAGUGUGAUUAUUGUGGGUUUCAUUUCUAAGAAGUUGAUGGUGGUGUUUUUUUUAUAAAAUUACAUCUAAAAUUGUAAUAUUUUGUUCAAGUAAUUUUUAAAAAAGUGAUUUGGAGCAAAAUUUACUAAUUUGGGUAAUGAUUAGAUUACGAUGCAUUCUUUUAAACAGAUUUUUUAAAAUCUUUCAAUCAAUUGUAUUACAAUAACUAAGUGAUUUUGAGCUCAUAAACUUUCAAAAUAAAAUUAUAAAAUGCUUUUGUCAUUCUAAAAAAGAAAAAAAGAUUACUAUGUUGGAUUUUUUUUUUUUUGGAUAGCAAAGGCUAUUUGACCUUUUUAUUUCAAUAUGUGAUAUCAAAAUUUUUAAUUCAUUAAUUUGUUUAAUAUUUGUCAGAAGUUUGCUUUUGAAUAAAAUAUUUAUCAGCAUUAUUAUCAUUUAGGCUAAUAAGUUUAUUUUGUUUUUUAAUUUUAUGAAUGAUUUGAUGUUAUAAGGCCAGGUCAUUUACAAAGUAAUGCCUGCCAACUUUCUUUUUGCAAUGAUUCUCAAAACUUAAUUAGCUACCAAAUGAUUGUUUGCUCACUUGGUUGUGAUGAUUCAACAUUCCUUUUAUGUUCCACCAAUUUCUUUUUCCUUCUUCACUGCUAAAAGCUGGCUUUGUUUCAUCUAGUGAAAGUACCAUUAGUGUUAGUGACCCUGGCAAACUAGCCAUUUUAUGCACAAUUUUAAAAUUUUCAUAUGGAUAAUAUUAAAGUUAGUUUGUAUAGCAUUUUUUGACUACAUGGAGUUCCAGACAACUUUCCAUGUUGCUGGUCCCUAUCUCAUGUCAUUAUUAAAUCUUAUUUAAAAAAAAAAACAAAAAAAACUUGUGAGAUGGUAACAUUGUCCAAAUUGUGACUAGUUUUAUGUAAUGGGUUACAAAACUAUGACUUCCUUAGAUUGACUACUAGACUCUCAUCUGUUAUAUUUCUUUGUUUUACAAUCUUGUUAAGGCUUGUUUAAAAUCUCUCUCAACUUUUUAUGCCAUAUUACAAUGUUUAUUGUUAAUUCAAUUGUUUAGUCAAAUGUUUGUUUUUCCAAAGUGUUACUAUUUGGUGCAAUCAAAAUAUUUAUUUCAAAUUAACAUUUAGUGGCAUUUUAUCUACAAACACUGGUAGGUGAAAUCAGUAGCACAUUAUAGCUCAUUUCUGAUGAAUCAAAAUAAAAAUGUUGUGAUAUAAAAAUAAUUUUAAAUUUAAAAACCUAAAUGAAAAAAAUUGUAUUUUUUGUAAAUUUAGUUACAGUUAUAUUGAAUAGAAUUAUUUAUGUUAGCAACUUUUGAAUGCAUCACAUAAUUUUAAUUUGAAAAAGAAACUGAAAAUCAUUUCAAUUAAAUAUUGUUGACUGUUGUUUCACCUCAGAUGAAUUGAUUACAUUUUAAGAGGUUAUCGGAUAUUUAUAUUUAUGACAUACAAUCUUUUUGUUAUGUUAUGAGUUGUUUUUGUUUUUAUUUUCUACAAGUUCAGGGUAUAAAGUUCUAGUGCAUACAUACGUAGAUUUCAACCCACAUUUUUUUAGUUCUUACUUGUGUAUUUAUGUAUAUGUAUUCGCGUACAUGUACUAAGAACUAAUGUCUUUUUUUAUUAAAAUCAUUUGUACCAUGAAAUAUUCCACUUGAUCUUUGGCAACUGCAUUUAAUUUAUGUUAUUGUUUGAUUUCUUUCUGGAAAUGAUCUGCUGUUUGAAUAUUUUAGUUUCAGCUUAAGGGCUGUGAUAAAAGUAAAAAAAAUAAAUAUUUUGAUUAUACAUUGUUCACGUGAAAUUACAACUUAAUCAUUUUUUGUGUGAUUUUUAUGUAUUUGAACCAAUUUUUAUUUUAAAUUAGCACAAGUUAAAUCUGUUGAUCAGAAUUUUUUUCCUUGGUAAUAGUUAUAUUUAUACUCAAACCCAUUUGAUGUUACUUCUGCAAAGAUUUAUAGGCACUCAGAGAAAAUGAUAUUAGCAUGGUAGCCACAGUUAGACUUUUAAAGGCAGAGUUUUGGAAUUGAAACUAAAAUUUUAAAAUAAAUCAAAAACAUUGAUAAACAAGCUGUUUACUGCUAGUUCAGUGCGUCAAUCCAUUGUCUGCCUUUGCUUUAGUCUUUUGUUCUUGAUUUCUAUGCUGCACUGUGACAAUAACAUAACUUUUUUAAAGCAGUUCUACUAAUCUCAUUCAGAUACUAUUUGCUUAUACUAAUCAGAAUGUAGGGUUAAAUGGGUUUGAUAUUUGUUUAAACUGGUGAUGGUCCCCCUAUAGUAUUGUAUUAGUACUGCAAAACUUACUUAUGUACAGUUUCAUUAAGCCCUAGCCUUUAUUUUUGAAGGUUUAUCAAUUGAUUUUUUUUUUAAUCUGGUGGAGACAUUUAACCAUUUUGUUUUUGCCACAAAAAAAAAAUUGAACUUGUCUGUUGUGAAAAAUGAAAUCAAAAGUGAAUGAUCACCUAGUCUUUGAAAGUUCAAAAUAUUUGUACUACUUUAUUGAUGUCAUGUACUCACAUAAUAUUUGUGUGUUAGUGUUUGUCUUAACAUGUUGAUGUUGUUUUGUGAUAUCUAUAUCAACAUUGUCUCUUGUUGGUGGGGUAUGCAAGACAUUGGUUCUAUGCUGUUGGUCAAAAUUUCUCAUCCUUCAUUGACUUCCAUUGUACUCCACCUUGCAGUUAGAGUGUUUUAUGGAGUGCUAGAAAUCUAAAAAGUAUCCCAGUCAUAAUAGAAGAUUAUAGAUUUUUUUAAACUAACCACAUUCAGAGCAUUUCAUUUUUACUUAGCUAUUUUUUUUAUUGUAUAUUUUCUUAAUUGUAAUGUACAUAUGACAGUGCUACAUAAUUUUUUAUUUAAUUACUGAGCAUAAUGCUUAAUUUGAUUUUAAUGUGGAUAAGAUUCAAGAAACAUGUUAACAAGUUCAUUGCUAAAAACACCUGGUGCAGAGUCAAUGUAUGUUUAAUCUCUGAAAUGAAAUGGGACUAACAAUGACUAUCAAAAUAGUGAUGUCAUUUGUUUCUCAAAUGUAACUAGCAUAGAAAACAUGGACUGUGUGGUCUAUUUAUCUUAAUGUGUGUUUGAUGUAUUGUAAGUGAUCAUAUGUAACAGUUAUGGGUAUAGAGAAUAAAAUACAAAAUAUUUAA